AGGCAUAACUUACGUAUGAAAACAUGGAGGUUUCUUACACUUUGAAAUAGUGCUGUUACGUUUAUUGUGUUCCAUUCUGUAGAUGGGAAUUCAUAGAUAACAAAUUACAAAUCUGAAAUCAGACAAGAAUUCAAUUCCUUCCCAUUACUCAUUUAUUUAGUUAGCCCUGUAAAGUUUUUCUGCUAAUUGUUCCUUAGUUGCAAACCUGGGACUUUGAUAGUUAAAUACAUUAUCAUCCAAGCUAGUACAUCAUCUGAAAUUGUUAUUAAAUGAUCUAUUCUGUCUUUCUCUCUUCCAAGUUCAUUAGGCAACCAAUCCCUUCUAAUUCUUUCUGACUACUAAAUUCUCCUUCAUGUUUUUCACUUCUUUGCUUUUUGCUACUGAAUUAUACAAUCCCUAAGUAGCAUAUUGUUCACUCCUAGCUGCAACACUGCUCAAUACAGCUGGGAAAGAAGAUGUUCAACAGUAAAAUACAUUUACCAGUACCUUUUUAUUAAUCCUUACUUCCAUUUUACUCCAAUGAGAAAUCACUUUUUUGGCUAAGAUCAUUCAUUUCUUCUGUUGCCUUUGAAGAAAUCUUACAGAAUUCUUAACAUCAUAAAAACCAAAAAAAAGUUAUGAGGAAAGGUUAGGACACAAGACAUUAACUCUGAUUUCUCUCCACAGAUGCUGCCAGACCUGCUGAGCUUUUUCAGCAAUUUCUGUUUUUAUAUCUCAUCAUAGUUGCAGGUAUUGGGACAAAAUAUGUCUGACUGUCACAAAACAAAAUUAAAAUGCUGGAGAAACUCAGCAGCUUAUUUCUCCUAGGAUUACAACUACAACUGCUCAGAUGGGGUGCAGAUGCUGCAGAAUGAUAAGAAGGUACAUCUUUGGACCGACUAUUAUAAGAGAACUACCGCCCAACAGUGUGAAAAACGAAAAAAAUUAUAGAAACAAUGACAUUAAACAUGAGACCUCAUUUCACAACAGGAACAUCAAAACUAACAAUAUCGUCACUUCAACUUUGGACAAAGUGAUAAACUUGGAAGAACAAAAUAUAGAAAUCAUAAGAAAGGAAAUUAAUGUAUCAGAAAAGAAUUUAACACGUGUAGAAGAGAAAACAGUGGAAGGUGUUGAACACAACACUGACAAAGAUGCAAUACGCACAUUGAAUAAUAAACUUCUACAUCCAGAAUCUUACACAGUUGCAGAACAUGAUGAAAUAGUUCAAAACGCGAAUACAGAUAACUGUUCCUUAAACAAUAAUUUAAAAGCUAUGUCUAAAGAUGAACUGGCACAGCACCAUGACCCAGAAACAGAAAGCGAUUGUCAUACAGUUAAUGGGCCAUCCACAGAACAUCCCACUGAAGCAGAAAACAUGGACAAAGCAUGUCAGGUCCAUGAAGGAGGAGAGGAAACAAUUGACAACAAGGAAAUUGACUUUCCAAAUAACGGUUUAUUGUUGCAUGUACAACAUGCUGAAUUAAAUCAAUAUAAUCUGGAAACUGACACGGAUGAAAUCAAAACUUCUUCCAACCAAUCUUCUGAUACAGAAAUGUAUACCAUAAAUGGGCAUGAAGAUCUAGGAAAUACUCCUCCUACUACUAUUGAUGAAGAACUCAGUGUCGAUUUGUUUGAAGAAGUGAAACUCAGGAUUGAUGGGGAAGAUCCAGAGGUGGCUGCUGCACUUGCAGCACUGGAAGCAGCAACAGCAGGAGAGGAUGAUAACGUGGAGGAUUAGAAUGCACUUAACAACAUGGGACUUACUGAAACACAAUUAUGUUAAGCAUUAAAUGUAUCUUUGGGUUUCAAGUGGCUUCCUUAGACUGUGGUUUCUGAUUAACAUAAUGCAAGCCAGUUACUGUUUCUAAACUGAAAAAAAAUCUAAAAGAUAAAAGGACCAGGACAUGGGUCACUUCACUUAGAUAUUUUCUGGCAGGCAACCCAUGCCAAUUUGGGAACAGUAAGAGUUCUCAUUGGAAGGUGGGAUGGGCAUUGAGAAAAGGGCUCAGAUAAUGUGCAAGUGAGUGAAUCAAAAUGCUCAAAUCAGUUCCAGUGUCUUGGAAGCUUUGAUUCCCAAAUGCACUACAAUACCUGGAUAAUUGUUCUUCUCUUGCAUUGAGAUCAAAGAACAAGAGGAGCAAGGAGCUGCAGUAACUCUGGAAGAGUCAUCUCAUUGGCUUGGUUUCCUGGUAUUUCAUAUAAUCUGAAUAGGACAGGUCAAACUUGUGCUUGUGCCUUGCAUGAUGGAAACUCUUGCAAGUCCCUUUUACCAGCACACCCAACUUUUCAACAUGCUGGGUCUCUUGUGCCCAGCAAGAGCAUUUGUAGGGUCACUAUCUUUUCAAUUAAUCUUUACCAAUGCUGUCAUGUGGUACUUUGUGCCUGGUAUAGUGCAGAAAAAGUACCAUUGGUGCAUUAAGUCUGUCAUUGUAUUUUUCUUUGAGCCUUUCAAUGUUUAUUCCCAUUCUUUUGCUCACCCCCCUUGAUCAUUGCUCUUUAUGAGCAGCUCCCUGUAACGUAGAAACUUCAUAAUCCAGAAGACCAUUCAGUCUGUUAUAUCUCUGGUGGCCAAAAAGAGUAAUCUAGACUAAUCCCACUUUCUACACCAAUAGGCUUCAACACUAAACAGUAUCUUUUCAAUGUGAUGGGGUGUUCAGUCGCUUGUAGCUUUUCACUGAGUGAGUUUCAGUGCCUGUUUUAUAUUCAAACCUAAAUUGCUGACAUUUCGAAUGAAAAUCAAGAGACCCAGCACUGAACUUGACGGAAACUCAAUGGAAGUUAUGGAAGUAACUCCUGGCCAUUGUUAUGUGCCACUUUCAAUCCAGUCUGCCACUUUCCCAUUGGUCCUUUUCCUUUUCAGAUGAGUCUGCAUUUGGGGACCUUGUUAAAAGCCUUCCUAAAUCCCACAGAAACUACAUCAAACAAACUACGCUGAUUCACCUACUGUGUUACUUCUUCAAAAUUUACAGUCAUUAGACAAAACCUUUCCUUCACAAAUCCAUGUUGACUAUCCUUGAUUAAUCCACAUUUUUCUAAACAACAAACAUUAUUCCUCUGAAUUCUUUCUAGUAAUUUGGGUUGAGGGCCCUGUAAUUACUCGAGUAAUGCCCGUCUCUCUUUUUAAACAAUGUUGUCGCCACAUCUGCAACCUCAGAACACCUCGGAGCCUCCAAUACUUCCUUCCUUGUUUCUUUCAGCUGCAUGGGGUACAUUUUAUGCAUAAUGAGUUUCCUACUUCUAAAGAUACUAAACGCUUCAAUAUUUCCUCUCUCACAUUCUCUAUCCCAAUACACUCCUUUUUAAACUACAAUGUCUGCAUUAUUCCCAUAUUCCGUAAAAACAAAAUAUUCAUUAGAACCAAGACCAUGUCUUCUAUCUUCACUUGGUCAUUAAUUGACACUUUCCUUAGUUAUCUUCCUGUUUAUUAACUCUUUCUUAAACAUAUUUAGAUACUUCUUGAUGUUACUUUCCAUUAAUUUAUGAAGCCCUCUCUUUGCUUUUAGUUUCCUUUUAGUUUCACCCCUUCAUUUUUUGUUACAACCUCCUAGCUGUCUGUCGUAUUGAAUUUUGGUUGUUGAUACAAGCUUGGUUUUACCUUAUCACAUCUUCUCUGCUCACUGACUUACUUCCAGGGAACUUAGUUUCACACAUCUCGUCCUUUGAAUUACUUAGUCAUGGUUUCUUAUUCCAGCUCUUAAUUGGAAAUAGGAAGCUAGUCCUCACUGCUUUUAGCAAGUGUAUAUUUGCCCACUGUGUGAUGGCCGAUUUAAACACAGUAAAACUAUUGAAGUGCCAUACACUUUAUGAAUACUUAGCAGUGGCACACUUGUUUGUUGACAAAUACACUGAGCCACAUAUAUCUUUGGCAAAGAAGUUAAUACAGAACAGCAUAAUGGUCUAUUUUCUAAAAAUUAAACAAUAAAUCCCUGCAGAGAAAAAGUGAACAUUUAUGCUGCAAUAUAUGAUAAAGGUAGCUGAAACUGUACUAAUGGACAGAAAUGUAACGAAAUUAAAAGCCCAUUGUAAUGCAAAGCAAACUGGCAAGGAAGCAACCAACAUAAAAGUACAUCUAAAUACUGCCAACAUCUUUGAAAUUGGUGUUAAUAGGAAGAAGCUCAUGUUUAUUUUACUAUCUGGCUGUUGAAACUUGUGUGUUUUAAGUGAUCGGGAAGAUGUCAAAUGCAAUCACAAAAAACUGCCAUAGAAAUGAUUGUCCAGACAGCUAGAGUGAUGAAUGUACUGUAUAUAUUGCAAAAGGCCAAUUUACUGACUGUGAAUGAAAGCACUUAUCACUUAUUGCAAUAAUCUCAGAAGAAGUGAGAGCAUUCUGGAGUAACAAGCCUCAGGAGGGCUUGUUUGGAAGUUCUGUACAAAAUAUAUUCAUAUUCAAUAUUGUAAAUUGAAUUGUUUUAUUAAUUGUAAAGCUUUUCUAUAUCUGUCAAUGCUUUAUAUGAAACUUGAUAUGCAGCACGUUAGUUAAUAACAAUUGAAGCUGCAUCAAAAAAAUGAACUAUCACUUUCCAAUUUCAAAAUGUGGAUAAUAUUAACUUAUAUAAAGAAAUAUCAUGAAUAUUAUUAACAGUUUUCUUUCUGAACACUUUGUGGACUACAAUAAAAUAUUUGUUACAGAUGACAAUACUCUAUUACAUUAUAAAUUUUAUAAUGCUCCUCUUUGUAAAUAUGGCACAGAGGCAAAUUAGCAAGAGUUUUCGAAAGAGUGAAAGCGUUGUCAGUGUGCAUAUCUCGAUUUCCUGCUUGGUCACACUUAGAAUUUCUUUGUCAUAUUUUCCGAUACAGGUUCAAUUUAGCAUUCAGGCAUUUACUGUAAACAUCAAAUGCAGACAAGCAUCACACUAGAGUUCAGUCUCUAUGUAUUGCUCAUGUGAUACCAGAAGAAUGUGAACAAAUGAUUUCCUUUGAAUCUCCUUCAGGAAAGGUUAUGGGUCAUUUUGGCUCUAGAUAUUGUCACUUUCCUGUGACACAUCCAAACAUAUUGACAAUGCUGCAGUGCUUUCCAAAGUUGUGCAUCCUUCAUUAACAACAGGACAAACUAUGAGGCAUCUUGCUUAAUUAGCUCACCUAGAAAUAGUAGACUCAGGCACACUUUGGUAGCUCCUGAAAAUGGGCACAAGGAUCACAAUUUGUGAUCAAACCAUGCCCUUGAUUCUGAAACAGGAACCCACACACUAUUUCAGCAUUUGCACAAUUGUGGCAUGUGUCCAGGACUAUGUAUACUGUUGAUCAAUGGCCCAAGGGAUUCAAACCAGCUUGUACUCCUUAAAGUCAGCAGAUAACUCAAACCAAUGUUGGCAUUCAUUUUAAAAGUGAAUUGGAAUGGAGAACAACAAUUUUUUUAAAAGCCUCCAUGUGACAAAGGGCUUGGUCUAAAAUUCUCCAAUAGUGUACUGGAAGCCUUGAUGCAAGCAGGAGUAAUUUCCCUAUCCACCAGGAGGCCUUCCGGAGGAUAAAUAGCAGUAAUGCCACAAAACCAUGUAGUUGAUGCUAGCAGUCUAACCCCAAGGGUCUAGGCGCAGUGUCUCAAGAGAUUUGAUGAUCUCACAAGCAGUGAAAUUCUGUCAAUGAAUCUUCAAAUACCUUAUCCUAAACGUUGCACAUUCAGCAUUAUUGAGUUCAAUGUAGUGCACCCCCAGUACUCACUUAACAACAAUCUGCAUCAACCACAAAUCAUGCCUUAGGUUCACCUCACCAUCACAAAAUGUGCAUUGUAACAAGGCUUACGAUUAAAUCUUGCACACUCUGCCAGUUAUUCAGCCAUGUGCAGCACCCAACGACAUUUUGAUGGAGCAGUAUGUAGAUGCAAUCUGAUGGAUACACACAAAGAAAUAUUCAGUGCAUUUGACAAGCCUCUCAGAAAGGGCAAGAUGAAUGAGAUGAGGCAAUAUAGUUGUAACAACACAAUUCAGGGCACCUAUUUGUUUAUAGAUUUUGAAGCUAAUG